UGCAUUCUCUCCCUCCUUUGUUCUUCGAAACGAGAGAAGAUAUUCCACAAUUGGUGUCUUCAUUUGAUCCACAUUGAGUCAAAGCUACAUUAUCGAAUCGCAAUGGCGAAAAAGCUCGGUUUCAUUGUUAUGCUAUCAAUAUGUCUCCUAAUUGUCGAAUCUGCGGGCGCUCAGGAGGAAUCUCAGACACCGGCUGUCUCGCCGGGACGUGAAUCUUUAGCGGAUUCUCCUUUGCCACCUUCUUCAUCACCGGAAGAAGAUUCUCCUCUGCCACCGUCUUCAUCACCGGAAGAAGAUUCUCCUCUGCCACCUUCUUCUUCACCAGAAGUAGAUUCCCCUCAGGCACCGUCUUCUUCACCAGAAGCAGAUUCCCCUCAGCCACCGUCUUCUUCACCAGAAGCAGAUUCCCCUAAGCCACCGGCUUCAUCACCGAAACCUGAAUCCUUAGCAGAUUCUCCUUCACCACCCCCACCUCCUCCUCAGCCGGAAUCUCCUUCGUAUCCAUCAUCUCCUGAACCAGCACCUGUUCCUGCUCCAUCUGACGAUGAUUCCGAUGAUGAUUCCGAGCCAGAGACCGAGUAUUUCCCUUCUCCAGCGCCAUCUCCGGAAUUGGGAAUGGCACAAGACAUCAAAGCAAGCGAUGCUGCCGGCGAAGAACUCGAUGACCAAAGAGGUGAAGAUAAUGGAUUGAGUGGAUUGGAGAAAGCCGGAAUAGCUAUUGGAACGAUAUUGGGAGUAGGAGCUAUUGUUAUCGGAGCUCUUAUUUACAAGAAACGAAGAGAUAACAUGACCAGAGCUCGUUACACAUACUUUACCGAAGGAGAGUUCCUUUGAAGAGCCUUUUUUUUUGGAUAUAAAAAACUUGUUUUACU